AUGUUCAAGGUGGGUUCGUGGCUCUAUGGCAAAAAGCCGGGGACGGCUUCGACUCAGUCGUUGGACUCCUUGACGGAAUUGCGGGACUCUGCAACCCUUAUCCUCAACGACGACGUCGAUGGUGCCGAAGAUGGACUCUCAGAGGGAAUCUCGUCCUUCCAUAAUUUGGGAAGAGGUGUCGUGGCGUUCAUCCGUGCAACGCUCGGCUUUGAACAGGAGAUCAUGCGCCAGGCAUCGGAACGGUUAAACAUUGCGGAGACCAGCGCUGCCAGUGAUCAACAUAAAGCACAACAUAACUCGCACGCGCCCAAUACCUACCAUUCGCAGAUCUAUGUCCCCGGCACCGAGUUCGCCCUUUGUCAAGCAAUGGCACAGCUGAUGAGCGCUGUCGUCGGGGUGCUCAACGAAAGUCUCACGGAGAGCAUCAAGGGGUUCUAUAAGAUGAGAAAAGCGUAUAUCACACUGGAUGGUAUCUUGAAGAUGGAGCAGAAGUUCAUGCAGAUGAAGAGAUCUGGGGAGCUGUCUCCUCCAGAACUCGCCCAGUCAUCCAGCCGAAGCUCCGGACAGGGCGCAGAUGCGAAAUCCAACCCAACCACUCCUGUAGAGGCAGGAGGUUUGUCUCAGAAGCUUUCUGAGCUCAACGUCUCCCGCGAGCCUACGGAUUCCGACAUGUCUGUGGAGACCUCUAGCGAAAUGCUCAGCCAUGACCCUGAUUCGGACAUCUUCAGAAACCAGAUCGAUGUGUUCGUGCAUUCGGGAGCCAACUUCUGCUUCGGCAUUCUUCUUCUCCUCAUCUCGAUGGUGCCCCCGGCGUUCAGCAAACUGCUGGGUAUUAUCGGCUUCCAUGGCGACAAGGAACGCGGACUGAAGAUGCUGUGGCAAGCUAGUAAAUUCCACAAUUUGAUCGGCGCUAUUGCUGCAUUCGCGAUGUUAGGUUAUUACAACGGGUUCGUCCGUUACUGCGACAUCAUGCCAGAUCCGGUUUCCAGAGAAGAAGGGGAUGUGCAGGCCUACCCUCAGGAGAGGCUCGAAGCUCUCUUGGCGAAGAUGAGAAAACAGUUCCCCAAGAGUCAGCUGUGGCUGCUCGAGGAAUCUCGCAUGGAGGGUGCCAACAAAAAUCUCGAACGGGCGUUGGAGCUUCUGUGUGGAGAAGAGCGCAGCCCGCUUAAGCAGGUCGAAGCUCUGAGGGUGUUUGAGCGGAGUCUAAACGCAAUGUACCUGCAUCGAUACCAACUGUGCUCGGAAUCGUUCAUCGAGUGCGUCGACUUGAAUUCCUGGUCUCGGUCGCUAUACUACUACAUUGCGGGAGCGGCCCACGUCUCCUUAUAUCGGUCCGCUCUUGGCAAGGAUGCUAGUGAAGCGACCAAGCAUGCGGAACAGGCAACCGAGUAUUUCCGGACAGCUCCUCCAUUGGCUGGAAAGAAACGCUUUAUGGCCCGACAGCUCCCAUUUGAUGUUUUUGUUGCCCGAAAGAUCGCCAAGUGGGAGGCACGGGCCAAGGAGUGGAAAGUGCCGCUCGUCGACGCCGUUGGAGUGGACCCGAUUGAGGAAAUGAUUUUCUUCUGGAACGGCCAUAGUCGCAUGACGCAGGCGCAUCUGGAGGAGUCGUUGCAGCACCUCGCCUGGUCAGAAAGCGACGCCAACAAGCACUGGUCUCGCGAAGGGCCCGAGGAGAAGGCCAUUCUCCAGCUCGUUCGUGCGGCGGUGCUGCGCUCCAUGCGCAAGCAUAGCGAGGCCAAAGAUCUCCUUCAACGGGGUAUUUUAGACCAUGACAAGAGCCUGUUCGUCGGCCACCUCAAGGAUAACUGGAUUGGACCGGCGGCUCAUUUCGAAAUGGCCGCUAACCUUUGGAUGGAGCGUCCGACCUACAUUGAGAUCCACGGUGGCCCAGAUGAAGAGAAUCCCGGGGAGGAUGCACAUCAGCUGGAGAGGAAUAAGGUCCGCCAAUGCAAGGAGUAUCUCGAAAAGGCGGCUCGGUGGGAGAGCUAUGAGCUCGAUGCUCGAAUUGGCCUGAAGGUGACGGCUGCGUUGGAGGCAGUCCAUAAGUGGGAGACCGCACAUUCUGCUACUAGUUGA